CUCACGUAAAUUCCUCGCAUAGCGCUUUUGGGGAAGGAGAAUGAGAGGGAAGGAGGGGUGAAGACUCAACUUCUGUCAACAGAAGGAAACGCUGUCUUUUUAUGCCAGUAACAAAACUCUCGGCCUGUUUUCGGCGUCUAUUAUUCACUCUGGUCAGCUGAUCGACUCUGGACUUUAUCUGUGAUUAACAAUAUCUAAUGGGAUUAAGUUACCGAUGCGUACAAGCGAACUGUCGCAGUCCGUUAUAUUAAAUUGUAUCAGACAUUUAAGAGAACGCCUAAACUAACUUUUUGACGGAUGGGGCGUAAUUUUAUAUAAAACGUCCGACGUUUUGAGAUCCGCGCACCCAGCUGAAGAAAAACGAAAGGAGCAUAGAAAUACUUAGGAUAAUAUUUUAACUAGCUAUGUGAUAUCUGUGGAGUUGUUUUUAGAGAUGUGCUAUUCUUGCAUAUCCGUUUGCCACGUUUGAAGACGCAAACGAAUCGAAACCGUCAGUUUCCUUUAAACAAGGCCAACUCAUAUAUUAUACUUUACAUGUGUGGGUUUUCCCUCAAACUCGACCAUGAGUCAGUUUGACUGACUUAAAUGCUAUUAAAGUUGAGCAGAAGGAUAAAUCCACCCAUUACAGAAUGCUGGAGUGAGGGUACUGAAGAUGGCAUCGGCGAUUUUUGAGGGCACAUCCCUGGUGAACAUGUUCGUGAAGGAUUGUUGGGUUAACGGGAUCCGCAGGCUCAUCAUUAGAGGAGAGGAAGAGGAGUUCUUUGAAAUAAGGACUGAAUGGUCGGACAGAAAUAUACUCUACCUGCACAGAAGCUCCUCAGAUUUGGGAAGACUUUUAAAAAGACUCCUGGAGUGUUUCUCCGAGGACAGGCAAGAUUUAUUAAAGUCUCCCCUGAUAGAAGGGCUUGUCAAGAUUAAAGAAGCAAGAGACAUUGAGACAAAGCUAAAUGAAGUGGAGCGACUGUUGAAGAAUGCCAUUAACAUGCCCUGGAAGUUUUCUAGGUCAGAAGUUGUCUUAACAUUCUUUGAACGCUCGCAGCUUGACCAGGUCCUGAAGAACGACAGUGUCCACAAAAUUCAGCCAUGCUUUCAAAGUCCAGUUAAGAUUUCAGAGAUCAUGAGGUCUAAUGGGUUUUGCCUGGCAAACACAGAGACCAUUGUGUUUGAUGAGAGCAUUCCAAUGGACAAAGAGAGACCCUCCUCCACUGACUCAGCCCAGCACUCGUAUGAUGAGGAUGGGAGAGAAUCUUUGGAUCCUGUAGAUCAAGACCUGAGUGACGAUGAUCCUGAAGCUUACGUCACUAAUCUGUCUUACUACCACCUGGUUCCCUUUGAAACUGACAUCUUGGAGUAAUGCAAACAAUUCCGCAUGGGUGGACAUUUACAAGGGGUACUGAAUCCCACCUAAACAGUGCAGAUCCAGCAUGUAAUUUCUGCCAAGUGAUGGAUGUGCCAGAGCUUAGAUUUUCUGAUUGGUAGUGUUUAAGACUGCAGGAAGAGUUUGAAUGCAGAGAUCACUGCUAGCUUCCUGCUUUGACUUUGUCCAUCAGAUUUGUUGAUCCUGAGCUCAGAAUUACACCAUAUUCACCCACGUGCCUCAUUAUUCAACCUAGACUCAUGCUGUAGCUGUACUACUAGGAACUAACAUAAGGAAGAAAUAAGCUGCUAUUCCUGGUGUACGGAUUGAUGAUGGCCUGAAAGAUUUGUUUCAUUUUCUUUUGUAUGUAAAGUCCAGGCUGUACUGUUUUUGAGAUUGUUCAUUUUUUUCAAAGCCCAAUGCCCAGGAAACCUGCCUGGAAAAUUUCUUCUUCAGAAAGAAUCUACACUAGAAACAAUCCUUUGGCAUUAGUGGAUGAUCUGCAGAUGCUCCUGGAGAAGAAGAUCCACAUAAGGAUUUAUCAAGAUAGAAUAUUGCUAUUGUAACUUAAAAUGCUGAUUCAAAUAGCCAAAACCUGAAAAGGGGCAUAUGUAAAAUUGCAAACUCAUUUUAUUAACUAAAACCUUUGAUUUUGUUAUGAAAUCACUGCUUUAUUAAUCUUAAUGUUAAGGGCAUUGGGGUUAGCAAAAUUAAGCUUGCAGAUGUAUAGAGGUGUCUUUCUUCUCAGAGAAUUUAAAUCGCUCUCAGAAGAUAAUUUUAUUAGCUCAUGGCCUCUUUUCUACUGAAUGACUGUGGACAGUAGCUGCACUUUGUUCUUUUCUCUUGAAUACAAAGGGCUUGCACACUCACUUGGCACAUGGAUCCUGGUCCACACAUAUACAAAUACACACACACACCUACUUUGUAAUAGAGUCAUGUUUCCCUUCUACCCGUGAGAAAGUUCUGCUCUUUUUUUUAGUUAACAAAUUUUGUAGCUUUAAUAAUCCGCUCCCACUUUUAAAGCAUACAAAUAGGAAGAAUAAAAUGAUCUGAAUUGUGGGAGACUGGGUCAAGUAAUUGUAUUAGAGAGUAUAUUUACAUAUUUGUGCAACAUGCAAGUGAUCUGAUGCUUAGUUAAAUUUGGUCUUCAAGACAAAAAAAAAAAAAAAAACUUCAAGAUGCACAUACUAUAUUUUAACAUAUCCUCUGACAUGUCAUAUCCAUCAUGCCUUGCCAUGAAAUACUCCCUGUCUCACAUCUAAAUCUGGAUGCAUGUGAGCAAAGAUAUCAAUGGACACAAACAAAGAGCAAGAAGGAUAGACUGUGCUUAAAGCAAUUAAAGUACAUGGACAUGGCCAAAUGCAGAGCACAUUGCAUAUCAGGUAUGAUACAUAUCCGAGAAAAGAUCCUAAAAAGGUUAUUUUUGAUCAUUGGUAUUUUGAGGUGAUGAUUAUUUUUAUAAGCAUUGAAAAUAACUACUUCACAUUGUCUGUUCUGUUAUGAUGUACAUACUUUUAUAUGCAGCAUUACGUGAAGCAUUUUUGACUGCUGGGCACCACAUCAUGUAUUGCGAAUGAUAGUCAUUUGUACAGUAUAUUUGAAAUUAAUUGCAUAGCUUGUGAAUAAUUUAUAAAUAACAUGCCAUUAAAGCUAUUGUAUAGGCUAAACAAUGUUUAGUUUGUGUUAUGAUUUAGUUUGUUUUCUUCUUCAUAAUUAUCAGACUAGGUUAUAAUAACAAACCUGAUCCUUUAAAGCAACUUUAUUCACAGAAAGAUAUUCAGAAUAGCAAGUUGAUGUGCAUGCAGCUCUCAAAAUAUGAUUCCAAAUUGCAUCCAUCUAUGUGUUUAUAUAUUUUAUUUUUUAACUGAAAAACUGACUUGGAUUGAUUUGUAAUUUCUUCUUUCUGAUGAGCUCCACUUUAUGACAGCCACUAUUAAUUAUUUAGAGUGUGCUGACUCCUGCCGUUCACUCAUAUUUUUAAACUGUAAGUUGUAUAAUAUUACAAAAACAGUAGAUCAAAGGUUUGUGGUUAGUAAGGUGUUGUAUUUUAAAGAAAUCAAUACUUUAAUUCAACAAGGAUGCACUAAAUUGAUUAA